UCCCCCUCUGAGCCAAUCCCGACGAGCCUAAGAGUGGCAUGGCUGCCCCCAGCUCCGCAGUCUCAGGCUGUACAGUUAACUAGUUGUGAGGUCUUUUUGACAGUCUCCCCCUUACCCAGGCUGGGCGGCAGGUUUUUUAGAGCCGCGGUCCUAGUCUUCUGUCAGGCUGCAGAGCCUAGGCUCCGAGGAGAAUGGAUCCUCCUUUGGAUACGUGGGAUUUCUCACCUUUAAUAUCAUUAUGGAUAAACAGGUUUUACAUAUAUUUGGGCUUUGCCUUUGGCAUUAGCCUUUGGAUUUGUUUCCAGAUUGUCAUCAGGAAGCAGUCGUUUAUCUUCAAGGACAAGAACUCACAGGAGAAAUCUGUUCCGAAAACAACUCAGGAUUUGAUGACAAAUGGUUAUAUCUCUCUUCAAAAAAAGGAGGUCUUUGUGUCUGGAAUAAAGAUUUUCUAUGGUUCUCAGACUGGUACAGCAAAGGGAUUUGCAGCAGAUCUUGCUGAAGCCAUUACCUCCCUAGAUCUGCCUGUGGCAGUUAUUGAUCUGAAAGAAUAUGAUCCAGAUGAUCAUCUAGUAGAAGAGGUUACUAGUAAAAGUAUUUGUGUCUUCUUGGUUGCUACAUAUACUGAUGGUCGACCAACUGAGAGUGCAGAAUGGUUCUGCCAGUGGUUAAAGGAAGCAUCCACUGAUUUUCGAUUUGGCAAAACUUACCUGAAGGGUAUGAGAUAUGCGGUGUUUGGCCUGGGAAAUUCUGCCUAUGUGCGUCACUUCAACAAGGUUGGCAAGAAUGUUGAUAAAUGGCUCUGGAUGCUGGGUGCUCAUCGCAUAAUGACUCGAGGGGAGGGUGACUGCGAUGUUGUUAAAAGCAAACAGGGUAGUAUUGAAGCCGACUUCAGAGCUUGGAAGACCAAGUUCAUCUCCCAGCUCCAGAUCCUUCUUAAAGGAGAGAAGAAACCCUGUGAUGGCAACUGUAAGAAGGGCAAAUGCAAAUCUAAUGAGCACAUUGCAGAGGAGAUUGAGCCAUGGUCUCACGCUCAGGACGGAUUGCAUCAGAGAGACACUGAGGAGGAGGAGCCCUUUGAGAGCACCAGUGAGGAAGAGCCUGAUACCGAGGACCACCAGAGUCUAAGUUCUGUUGUUGAUGUUGAGGACCUCGGCAAAAUUAUGAAUCGUGUGAAGAAAGAAAAGAGAGAAAGGGAGCACAAAGAAGAGAAAACUGGUUUGUUCAGGAGCACAGUGAAGAAUGAAGCCAGUGAAAGGAGAGCUAUGAUAACUCCUGCUCUCCGAGAAGCCCUUACUAAACAAGGUUAUCAGUUGAUUGGGAGCCAUUCUGGGGUGAAGCUUUGCAGAUGGACAAAGUUGAUGCUUCGUGGGAGAGGAGGUUGCUAUAAACAUACAUUUUAUGGCAUCGAAAGCCAUCGUUGCAUGGAAACCACCCCGAGCUUAGCAUGUGCAAAUAAAUGUGUCUUUUGUUGGCGGCACCACACCAAUCCGGUGGGCACUGAAUGGCGAUGGAAGAUGGACCAGCCUGAAAUGAUCUUAAAGGAAGCCAUUGAAAACCAUCAGAACAUGAUCAAGCAGUUUAAAGGAGUACCGGGUGUUAAAGAAGAACGCUUUGAAGAAGGAAUGACAGUAAAGCACUGUGCAUUGUCCCUUGUGGGAGAGCCCAUCAUGUACCCAGAUAUCAACAGGUUUUUGAAGCUACUCCACGAGAAUAAAAUUUCCAGUUUCCUGGUCACAAACGCACAAUUCCCUAUGGAAAUCAGGAACCUCAAACCAGUUACCCAGCUAUAUGUCAGUGUGGAUGCUAGCACCAAAGAUAGCCUGAAGAAAAUCGACCGCCCACUCUUCAAGGAUUUCUGGCAAAGAUUCCUCGACAGUUUAAAAGCCUUGGCAGCAAAGCAACAACGUACUGUCUACAGACUGACUCUAGUGAAAGCGUGGAAUGUGGAUGAACUCCAAGCCUAUGCUGAGUUGGUGUCCCUAGGGAGUCCUGACUUCAUCGAAGUAAAGGGUGUUACCUACUGUGGAGAGAGUUCAGCAAGCAGUCUUACUAUGGCCAAUGUGCCUUGGCAUGAAGAAGUGGUACGCUUUGUCUGUGAAUUGGUGGACCUGAUCCCUGACUAUGAAAUUGCUUGUGAACAUGAACAUUCCAAUUGCCUCCUGAUAGCUCACAAAAAGUUUAAGAUUGAUAAAGAAUGGUGGACAUGGAUUGAUUAUAACCGCUUCCAGGAGCUCAUCCAGGAAUAUGAAGACAGCAGUGGAUCAAAAACUUUCAGCGCAAAGGAUUAUAUGGCCAAAACUCCUCACUGGGCAUUAUUUGGUGCCAGCGAAAGAGGCUUUGAUCCCAAGGACAUAAGAUAUCAGAGAAAGAACAAAUCAAAGGAUAUUUCUGGAUGUUGAAAUUAUCUGAAUUUAGGAUACUGAAGGACAAAAACUGAUGCCCCAGAAGGUUCUCAAAUUCCACUAUGAUUUUUUCCAAGGAUAAAUUACACAAACUGUAUUUCAUACACAAGAGACUAUGAGGCAGGACAUGGGAAUGCAAGUCACAUCCUGGGGUUGGAGAAGUAGUAUGCACAUAGUAGUAUGCCUGAGACUCACAGCCUCACCAUUUUUUCCAGAGCUCAGUCCCUUUCCUGAUUUUACUUCUGAGAAGAAAAUCAUUUUGGGAGGGAAGUACACAGUUGUUAUUAGAACUUAACAGUUUUGAAUUAUAAUUAGUAAGAAUCCUUAGAAUGCUAUUCAUGAGAGUAUUGUACAGAAUGAAUAUCUGUUCUUCUUCCCCUCGUGGGCUCUUGGCCUUUGUGGACUGUAUUACCCUGAGGUAAGUGUAUCUGCCACCUCUAAGAUUCCAUCCUCUUCUUGUAUCUUAAGAUAACACCUCUUGAAAGUAAAUUGUCAUAAUUCUCAAUUAUUUUUAAUACCGCAUAGAUUACUUCAAAUUUUUGCUUAGUGCCAACACUUUAGAUACUGAAUUGGUUGUAAAACUGUACUAGAUCUCAUUCCAUUCUCAUACAGAUUGCCAUAGAAGGUUAUAUAUGAGCUGGAUUUGAGUAAAGCUCUCUUCUAUAAGAGGAAUUGUCAUAUGAUGUCACUGAAUAAUUAUUCCCACAGACUUUGAAACAAUGAGUACAGUUUGCUUUUUAUUUAAAAAGUCAGAGCCCUUUAUGAGUAUACAUAUAGCAGGUCACUAUUUUCUUUCACUUUGGAGGCCCUAGCUAUUUAUGCAAUGUUCUUUAAAGUUCAAGUUUUUUCUAAUUGAAAACAUUAAAUACUGAAUAGUUUUUGUAAGUAUCAUAGAGAUUUUUUAAAUUCCUUUGUCCUAAAAUUUUAAUUAAUAAAAAACAUUAUAGACUUAGAACACA